UCGGCGGCUGGAAGGGUCUGGGAGAGGAGGAUCUCGCGAGUCUUGGAGUUUUGGUGAGAGUUUGUGGAAGAUGGCGCCUGUUGUGACAGGGAAGUUUGGGGAGCGCCCUCAACCACAGCGCCUGACGAGGGAAGCAAUGCGGAAUUACCUGAAGGAACGAGGAGACCAAACUGUGCUCAUCCUACAUGCUAAAGUUGCACAGAAAUCAUACGGCAAUGAGAAAAGGUUUUUCUGUCCUCCCCCGUGUGUUUAUCUGAUGGGCUGUGGAUGGAAGAAGAAGCGGGAACAGAUGGAGCGAGACGGUUGUUCAGAGCAGGAGUCUCAGCCCUGCGCAUUCAUCGGCAUCGGGAACAGCGAGCAGGAGAUGCAGCAGCUCAACCUAGAGGGAAAGAACUAUUGCACAGCCAAAACCUUGUACAUCUCAGACUCAGACAAACGCAAGCACUUCAUGCUGUCGGUGAAGAUGUUUUACGGGAACAGCGCAGACAUCGGCGUCUUCCUCAGCAAGAGGAUCAAGGUCAUCUCCAAGCCUUCCAAAAAAAAACAGUCCCUCAAAAAUGCCGACCUCUGUAUAGCAUCAGGAACGAAAGUGGCGUUGUUUAACCGGCUUCGCUCACAGACGGUCAGCACACGUUACCUGCAUGUCGAGGGAGGAAACUUUCACGCCAGCUCGCAGCAGUGGGGAGCCUUUUUCAUCCACCUCUUGGAUGAUGAAGAGUCCGAAGGAGAGGAGUUCACUGUUCGAGACGGAUACAUUCACUACGGACAAACUGUCAAACUGGUGUGCUCCGUGACUGGCAUGGCUCUUCCUAGACUGAUCAUCCGUAAGGUGGAUAAGCAGACGGCCUUGCUGGAUGCAGAUGACCCUGUCUCACAGCUGCAUAAGUGUGCCUUUUACCUGAAGGAUACUGAAAGGAUGUACCUGUGCCUUUCUCAAGAGAGGAUCAUCCAAUUUCAAGCUACUCCAUGCCCAAAGGAACCAAAUAAAGAGAUGAUAAAUGAUGGUGCCUCCUGGACAAUCAUCAGCACUGAUAAAGCAGAAUACACCUUCUAUGAGGGCAUGGGCCCUGUACACACCCCCGUCACACCUGUGCCUGUGGUCGAGAGCUUACAGUUGAAUGGUGGUGGAGAUGUAGCCAUGCUGGAGCUCACAGGACAGAACUUCUCUCCAACUCUGCGGGUGUGGUUUGGUGAUGUAGAGGCGGAGACCAUGUACAGGUGUGGGGAGAGCAUGCUGUGCGUCGUUCCAGACAUCUCCGCAUUUCGGGAGGGCUGGCGGUGGGUUCGACAGCCGGUGCAGGUUCCUGUGACGCUGGUCCGAAACGAUGGUAUUAUCUAUUCCACGACACUUACGUUCACAUACACCCCCGAACCCGGCCCACGACCACACUGCAGCGCUGCCGGCGCCAUCCUACGAACGGGCAGCGCCAGCUUACUGUCAAUGAGCGGGAACAGCACAGGAGGGAAUGGAGAAACGGCACCGUAUGGCAACAAUAAUGCCGUCACGGCAUCAUCCUCUAAUGCAGCCGCCGCUGUGGUGUUAUAACACACAAACUCACCGUACGGGAACCUAAGACUACAAACUGUUUGUAAAAGUGCUGCAUAUUGAAUUUCAAAGGUAAAUCCCUUUACAGCGGAGACGGAAAUCAAGGGAUCGAUCAGUGAAAAAGGCUAAUUCUGUGAAGAGGACUAAAUAUUUGAGAUGGAUCUUCAGCGCCCUCUUGUGGUUUGGUGCUAGCAAUAACCAGUUUGGUGCUAGCAUUAGACAUUGCCUGAGAGAAACACCAGCACCUGGAAACAGGUGUCGAAGACCAGGAGACCAGAUUCAUCAGCCGUGUGCAAAAUGCAUCGACUGAAAUUGGUUUUCAUAAAAGCCAGAGAGGUCAAAACUCUCGGAUAAGGGUCAAGUUGAAAUUGUGAGAUGACCGUUUUUAUGGACCAAGGAUAUUGUAUAAGCUUUAGUAAAGGUACAUUGUUUCCCACCCCCCUCCAUACCUUUUUAUAUCAAAUGUUAUAAUAGUACGCUUUUGUUACCAAAUAGGUUGUGUCCCGCCUCUGAGCUUGGUUUUGUUGGUUUUCUGUAUAUAGAUACUUUCAUAUACACCCGUUCGCUUGGACACCUUCGGUUUUGAUACUUUGUAUUUUGUAAUACCUUUUCGUUUUCCAUUCAUUUGGGAGAAACUCAGAGGGCCUGUUUUUUAUCAUUGGUUUUUAUGAACUCUUUUAAAAGAAAAAAAGCUUUAAGCAAUGCCUCUGCCUUGCCUGCAUUAUGAUAUGCGCUACGCUUCCUUUAAGCAUUUCAUCACUGACAUGUCUAGAUCUCACAAAUGGAACGACGCCAUCUUUCUGUGUCUUAUUCGGGAAUCCAGAAAACACACAAUAUACUGCAUAUAGAGGCUUUGGAUGCAACGCGUCUCUUCAAUACGGUAGCCGUAGAGUAGUUUUGUUCUAGAGCACAUGUAGGAUAUCUCACAUAUCGAUAUCAGAAAGUUCACUGUAGUUUGUGACGUUCAAGUUCUGACCGACUCCUAAAGUUUCAGUGGCGUUUUAUAACAUUGAACAUCCAGUGUUUUGUCUUCCUAAACUUCCAUUCGCAUUUUUUAAAUUCGGUCCUAAAUAAGGGACGAUUUGGAGACGUGUCUACCAUUAGAUGUGGCCUUACUGGAACAAAGGUUCCCUGUUUAGUUCACCGCCUUCAAAAGGAGGUUUACAAACGCGACCGAGGAACCAAGCCUUGCAUUUUAAACAUUUUACAUGCGAUUUUUUUUAUUUUUUAUUUUAAUUUUUGUUAUAUUUAAACUCCCUAAAUUUUCAUUUGUUGUUCGGAUUUAGAAGAUUUAAAUGUGUAAUAGAUACAAACAUACCCAAAGAUAUUAUAUUGCGUUAUUGUCUCUUUUUAUUUUGAUUAAAAUAUGUCUGGAUUUGUGGCCUAUCGCACACCAAAAGUAGGAAGCUUUACUCCGUUGGUCAUUGAUGUGUUUAUCGUGGCCUUGGUGUCUCAACUAGUAGACUAGUAUUAAUGACGAGAAAAAAGAAAACUAGCUCUAAUCAACUCAUCAACCAGCACUAAUGGUGUUUUGUGACUUUCUUUUUUUAUGUACAGUAAUUUAACUUUUGAAAUUUAUGCGUCCAUUUGUAGAAAAAAAAACUAAAGAUAAAAAAAAAAACAAGAAAACAUUCAAGCAAUUCAUUAUUUUUCCUUGUGUGUCUAUGGCUCUUAACCCAGUUUUGUCCUUGGUGUUUCUCGUCCUAACGCUUGGGUGUUUAGUGUCCGAGUUUUUCCUUGUAUGUUAAUGUCUGGCUAGUAAAUGGACAUUAUGGGACUAAAAACAUGGAAGUUAAUGGCCUUUUAAAUAUGUAUGUAUGUGUGUGUGUCUCAAAGCAUACAGCAAUACUGUAUAGGUCACUUUGUGUGUCUUCGUCUGUGGAAAUAGCCACUGAUUUUUUCACCAGCCUGAUCCACAUAGUGAAUGUGGUCAUGAAGAACAGUUGGCUCAACUAGAGUCAUAUCCACUUUCUUUUUACUCUUCUCCUUCAUACUAAUUUAAUCAGACACCUUUUAUUGGUAGAUCUGUAGAUUUAUGUGGAUCCUGCACCGUCUUCCUUGUAGUGUAGUAUACAAGUAGGCAACCCAUCAAAUAAGGCAAUACUCCAGCAUUGUAGGCCUAUAAUGUAGUCGAUUUUGGGAAAAACUGUAACUUGAAUGUUUCUGCAAAAAGAAAGACAAACAAACAAACAAAAAAAAAAACCUUCACUUGUUGCCUCCACUAGAUUUUUCUUUCCAUCCUUAUAACAUAUGUUUAUUCUGUCCUCUUUGCAAAAAUCUUCCAUGAGGUAGUAUAAGCUCUUGCACUCAGUUUCCCAGAAUUCUUGCAUUAAAGUCUUCUACCAUUUUAUCUUCAAUUCAGAAUCAUACAAGCUUAAACCUCCAUUGGGGGAAGAUGGCACUAGACAAAAGCAUAUUUUUUAUUUCUCAUCAGUUUUAAACUUUUACUCUGCCCACAUAAAAGGAACAUUUCUCUCUUUUAAUAGAAAUACCUACAAUAUUUAAAUCCAUUUAGGGGUCUGGUGGGAGCACUUUUAGCUUAGCUUAGCAUAAAUCAUUAAAUCGGAUUAAACCAUUAGCAUCUUACUUAGAAAUUUCCAAAAAAGAUGUUAAUUUUUUCUUGCGAACUUGUGUAGACUUCUUAAAGAUGACUGUUUGACUGCAGACCAACCAACAUUUUCUCAAAGAAUUCUGCUUGAAAGAGUCCUCUGGUUUGGGGCGAAACUUAAGAUUCUUCUCACAGGUGUAAAAUGUUACACAGCAACUUUUUGACAUUAAAUCAAGCAAAAAUAAUAGUUUUUUUUCCAAAAAGGAACAUUUCUCUCUUUUAGUAGAAAUACAGUAUCAUUUUACCAUAUUUGAAUCCAUUCAGCCAAUCUCCGGGUCUGGCGGGAGCACUUUUAGCUUAGCUUAGCAUAAAUCAUUGAAUUGGAUUAAACCAUUAGCAUCUUACUCAAAAAAUAUUUUUAAAUUUAGUUUUUCCAUUUAAAGCUUGAAUCUUCAGUAGCUGACUCAUCGUGCGCUAAGACCAAAGGAAAAUGGAAAGUAGCUAUUUUCCUUGAUUCCUAGCCAUGAUUAUUACAUCCGUCCUUCAGAUUAGAUGUUAAACUGAGGUCCUGACUGUGGUCAUUAAAAAUCCCAUGGCACUUCUCGUAAAGAGUAGGGGUUUAACCUCUGUGUCCUGGCCAAAUUCCCUCCAUCUACCCUUACCCAUCAUGGCCUCCCAAUCAUUCCCAUCCACCGAAUUGGCUCUAUCCCUGUCUGUCCACUCCCCCUAUAGCUGGUGUGUGGUGAACGCACUGAUGCCGUUGUCUUGUGGCUGCCGUCGCAUCUUCCAAGAUGAUGCUGCACACUGGUGGUGGUGUGGAGAGACCCCCCUCAUGAUUGUGAAGCGAUUUGAUUGUAUGGCCAUAAACGAUAAAUGCUCUAUAUAAAUAUAAAUAUACACAUUACAUUAUUACAUUACCAGAAUGAGAGUAUAUGUAUAUUUCCCAACAAACAUUAACCUUCCACAAAGUAGUCUCCUGGUUUGGGAUUAAACUUAAGAUUCUUCUCACAGGUGAAAAGGUUACACAGCAACGUUUUGAUAUUAAAUCAAGCAAAAAUAAAUAGUUUUUUUUUUUUAAAAAAAAGAGUAAAGCUAAAGAGAUUAACAAGGUCUCCGUACAUUCAUUCUAAUGCGUUGUUUCUCCCCCAUGGCGAAAACGGUUGUAACAAUUUUAUUGUGUCCAGUACAUGAUGUAACUACAGAAGAGUCAAGCUUUAAACAGGAAACUGAGCAAAAUGUAUUUUACAUUUUUGAGUGAGAUGCUAAUAGUUUAAUCCGAUUCAAUGAUUUAUGCCAAGCUAAGCUAAAAUUGCUCCAGUCAAACUCAAAGAUCGGCUUAAAGUGGCACAUCACCAUUAACUCAUCCUUAACUACUCAUGGACUCCUGUGUUUAAACAGUUCAUAUUGAUGUCGACAGAGCACUUUUCUAUUGUUAUUCAGUGUAAACACACUAGUUGGACGUCUAUAACGAGUUCAUGAGUGGUUAAGAAUGGGUUAUUGAUGAUGUGCCCCUCCAAGUAAAGUCAUGAUACAAUUAUAUAUUAACAGCUCAUGAGUUCAUGAUGGUCAAAUUAAGCAUAAACGAAUGUGGUAAUUAAUACAUAAUUAACAAACAACCGUGUACUAACAAGUUAUUAAGGUAGCUGUUAUUCAAACAUGAACUCAUGUGGCUCAUGUUGUAGUUAAAGUUAGCUCAUGAUCCGAUUCAAUGAUUUAUGCUAAGCUAAGCUAAAAGUGCUCCUGUAAGACUCUUGAGAUUAGCUCAAUGUAUUCAAAUAAGGUAAAACUUAACUGUUAAACUCUAAGGGACCUGUAAAACAAGCCUGUCUCCCCUAAAAAAGUGGAGUGUUUCUUUAGGAAGUCAAUUUUUUUAUUUUUAUUUUAAGGGAUUGUGAACGCCAGCAUUCAAAUGACAUUGAGUCAUAUCUUUCCAUCUUUUUUUAUUAUUAUCAUCAUGCUUCCCUUCAUAUCCCUAAAAAAGAGAAAAAAAUAAAUACAAUAAUAAGUGCUUUAAGCCAGUCGGCCUUGAAAUGAAACGGCAUCAUUGUAACAGUUCCUAGACAAACAAAAUAAUCCAGACCGUAAAUUCAGUUUGACAUUAGCGAUGUUGUUGUUAGCAUAGCUUAAAUAUAUAUCAUCAUUAACAGUGAGAACAUUUCUGAACUGCUCCGUCACUCUGAUUGCUGCCUCUGUUGAAUGUUUUGUUUACAUUUUUUUUUUGUUUCACAGCUCUACCCUUCAUUUACUGGUGUUAUUGUGGUAAAGUGCAUUAUGUUGCUCUCUGAACAAACCGAUUGACAAUCUUGCUGUUUUUUACUGUUUACAUUGUUUUGAAGGUGUUGAGCUUUAGAAUGAAGGAUUCGUUCAGACCCAUAUCAAAAAUCAGAGGACACAUUCUAACAUAAAUUGGCAUGUUUAUCAUUUUCCGGUCAGCUGACCAGCUCAACUUGAAACAUUUUUCAUUUAAUGCCCGAGGCAUGUAUGUAGAGAGCCUUAAAUAUUCACUUAAUGAGUAAAUCUAGUCAGUUUUCUCUUUAUAGUCAUUCAUCUGGUGUCAUUUAUGUCUAGUUUUAUAUUUCACUCCUGUAACUUUGCUCUUCCAAAAAUAUCUUUGUUUUAUUUUGUGCUUAAUGAUCUCAAUGUAUAGAUGAAAUGCCAAAUGUCUUACACUUACAUUCUCAUGCACUGCUUAUCAAACAUGGCUCAAGAGGCAGCUUUUCAAAGAUAUCUCGAUAGUUAGAGGAGAAAAAAAUAUUGUACUGUAGACAAAGUGGUAAUCUUUAGUUAUUCUAGGUCUUGCUUUCUUUGAUUGGUCACAAAUGUUGUCUUGCAUUGCCUUUUGGAUUAUCAAAAGGAUUAAAGGGAUAGUUCACCCUAAAAUGAAAAUGAGCUCAUCAUUUAUGUUCCUUUGGCGUAGUCCUUUAUUUAUCAGGGGUCGCCCCAGCAUAAUGAACCACCAACUAUUCAGCAUAUGUUUUACAUGGCUGAUGCCCUUUCAGCCACAACCCAUUACUGGGAAAUAUUUUCACUCAUGAGGCUCUUAAUCUUUACAAGUGUCUGUUGAACACAAAAGAAGAUAUUUUGAAGCAUGUUCAUUGCUGGCACCGAUUGACAUGCUAAGUAGAAAAAAAUACAAUGGAAGUCAUUGAGUGCUACCACACUGCAAAAAAAAAAAAAAAAGUGUUUUUGUCUUGUUUCUAGUCCGAAUAUAUAUAUUUAAAAAUAAAUGUAAAAUCUAUUUUCUAGAAAAGCAAAAAGAUCGUUUUGAUUUCAGAAAUAAGUCGUCAACAUUAAGCUAGGUUUUUUGGUAACAUAUUACAAUGCCAGUACAUGAAUAACGAUGUAUUAAUAUGUAAAUUAAACAUUUCUUAAUUAUGAAUUAAUGAUGAGUAGGGCCAGACAGAAUCUGUGGACGUUUUUUUAAUAUUUCAGUGCAGAAUUUUGUAAAAAAAAUCUAUGGAUUUAUGUGGAAUUAUUUUAGGAGUAUCAUAACUAAAAACUUAAUGAAAUAAAAAAUAAUACCCUUUCAACAUGUUUUUAAUGUUCACAAUGCAAAUACAUUAGAUCCAGUUAUUUGGUAAACAAAGCAAGUCUCUCAUUAGUUAUAUCUACUAAAUGACCACUAAAAUAUUACUUUACAAACUAAUUAAAUAAAUCAUAUGGAUAUUUUCAUAUUAGUCAAUAAUGUUACUAAAAUUAAUGUGAAAACUGAAUAAAUAUAAAUUUAUAAUACACACUUUUAACCAAGUAAGUAAAUAGACUCAAUAAUAGGCUAAAAAUCUGUGGAAAUCUGUGGAUUUCGUAUGGGCUUAAUGAUGAGUUAAUGCAUGUGCCAAUCAUAAACUAACUUUAACUACAACGUGUUCACAAGCGGUCAUAUGUGAAUAACGGUUUCCUUAAUUGCUUGUUAGUACGUGUUUUAAAUUAAUGUAUAAUUAGCAUUUAAGUUUUGGCUCAAUAUAACCAGCAUGAACUUAUGAUAUGUUAAUAUAUAAUUAUAUCAUGACUUUACUUGGAGGGGCACAUCACCAUUAACUCAUCCUUAACAACUCAUGAUCUCCUGUGUUUAAACUGUUCAUGUUGACAGAACACUUUUCAAUAACACUUUAGUUUAGAUUGCAAUUCAUGGUAUUAUCAAACACUACUAGCUUAAUAAACUACUAAAUAAAUGUUUAUUCAUAGUUAGUGAGGUAGAAGUUUGGGUGUAGGUUUUGGGUAGGAUUAGGGAUGUAGAAUUAGAUAAUACUUUGUAACUGAACAGUUAAUAUCUUAAUAAUAGGCAGGUAAUAAGCCAGUAGUCAAUAGCAUGAAUUGUGACCUAAACUAAAGUGUUACCCACUUUUCUAUUGUUAUUCAGUGUAAGCACUAGUUGGACGUCUAUUAUUAGUUCAUGAGUAGUUAAAAAUGGGUUAAUGAUAAUAUCCCCCUCUAAGUAAAGUCAUGAUAUAAUUAUAUAUUAACAGCUCAUGAGUUCAUGAUGGUUAAAUUAAGCAUAAACUAAUGUGGUUAUUAAUACAUUAAUUAACAAAGAAUCAUGUACUAACAAGUAAUUAAGGUAGCCAUUAUUCAAACAUGAACUCAUAAUCAUGAUUAGCGCAUACAUUAACUCAUCAUUAAUUCAUAAUAAAGUAGUGUUUAGUUCACAUAUUAACAGAAUAUUAUUUAUGUACUGUUAUUGUAAAGUGUUACCAUUUUUUCUUUGAAACAAGCUAAAUAUUCUGCUAAUAUUAUAAAUAAAAAUUCUUAUUUCAAACCGAAAUACUGUAUCGGCAGAUUAUUUUGAUUGUUUUAAGGAAAAACACAUUGAUUUUUUUGGGCUUAUUUCUAGAAAAGGUCAUGUUUGUUUUUACCUGUCAAGAAAAUGUUUCUCAAUUUAUGUAGAAUUUCUAGAUAUUUGGGAUGAAUACAAGACAAAAACUCCAGCAUUCUUCAAAAUGUGUUUGUGUUCAACUGAAGAAAGAAACUAGUGAGUAAAUAAAGAGAGAAUUUUCAUAUUUGGGUGAACUAUCUCUUUAAAUAGGGCACAGCUGUUUUCAGUUUUUCUGUCAGGAGAGUUUUGUGUGUGUUGUUAUGCCUCUGCGGACAGAUUUAGUUCAGUAAUCCACCCUUUCCGCUGGUUUUGCACUUAGAGAAAACCACAUUUGUCUAGAUUAGCUGCGGCCUAAUUUGAUGCUCUGUUCUAGACUUUAUGUGUUGAGCUCGUCCUCCAUCCUUCUUAAACGUUCGCUUCCUGUUUGUUUGUUCUCGUGUUUCGAUCUUUCCUUUCUCCUUCUUGGUCUGUUAGUUCUAAUAUUCAGAGGUAUCAGUAAGGUAGCAAUCUCAGGCCUUAAUGGGCCACUGAUGUUAGGAUCGUGUGCCCAAAUGUGAAACAAGGGGCAGUAAAAAUUACAAAAAAACUAAGAAAAAAACAUUAGUUCUGUUUCAGUUGUCUGUUUGUCUGAUUUUUGUACAUAUUGCACCUGCUCAGUUCCAUGUCAUUGAAUAAUAAAACUGCAAUAUUGGCAU